AUGGCCGGAUUUUUUAAUUGGGUCUCUGUGCGAUUGGCACGAGUUACUCUCACAAAACCCGCAGAGCCUUGGCAGAAACAGCCGUCCAUCUUCUGGGUGCAGGAGUUCGGCCUGGCCGGGGUGGCGAGGCAGGCGAAGCAGGCGAAGGCUGCGCGCCAGGGGCAGCAGUGGGGCGCAUGGGAGGAGACGCAGCCAGCGUCCACGUCCAGGCCGGUGCCGCCCCGCGCGGCCGAGGCCAAGGCCGAGGCCAAGGCCACCACGACCCGGCAGCGCGUCCUCGGCAUCCUCAGGGACUUCGUGGACAACGCCUACAUCUCCGGGGUGUCCCUGGCCGGCAGGGCGGACAUCCCGCUGUGGGACAGGCUGUUUUGGGUGUCCGUCGUGCUGGUGGCGCUCGGCCUGGUGAUCCGGGAGUUCCCCGUGACCUACAGGCGGCUCUACGAGCACCCCUCCACCGUGGAGGUGCUGAGCACGUCCCUGGAGCUGCAUACCUUCCCCUUCCCCGCCGUCGUCGUCUGCCCCCAGAUGAAGAUCCGCAAGCGGGCGGCCAUCGAGUACAUCAUGAGGGCCAACAGGCUGCAGCGCCCCAACGAGACGCUGCUGCUGCCGGCGCUGCGGAUGCUGCAGAACUACCGCCUGCCCUACUGGCUGGACAGGGGCGCCCCCGACAUCGACCGCAGCAUACUGCGGAUGUUCGACGCCAUCGACCUGCGCGACUUCAUGGACCACGUGGCCCUCGACUGCAAGUCCAUCUUCGCCGCCUGCUUGUGGUCCGGCACCUUCGUGGACUGCUGCAGCAUCUUCACGCCCACCAUGUCGAACGCGGGGGUCUGCUACGCCUUCAACUCGUACACCACCCGCGACUCCCGGAGCAACUGCCCGCUGAUACAUCCGAACGAGCGGCCCCUGGAGAGCGGCGCCAGCAUCUGGUACUUCCACCGGCCCAACAAGAUCGGCUGCGUGCUGGUCAGGAGCAGCGGCACGGCCAGCGGCUCCGGCCUGGAGUUCCUUCUGCUCCAAUCGGACCCGCUGGACAGCGUGGCCCCGCCGGGCAAAAGCUUGGGGUACGAGAUAUCCGUGCAGGCCGCCAACGAGAACGCCGACAUGGACAAGGGCGUGUCGCUGAGCGGCAAUCCGGGCACCGUCACGGCCGUCAAGGUGACGUACUCCGAGACCACGGCGGACCCCUGGAUGGCGGGCCUGCCGCCGGAGCAGCGGCGCUGCCUGUUCGAGGACGAGAAGCCCAAGGAGCUGUUCGACCACAUCGCCACCGCCUGGUACACCCAGGAGACGUGCAUGUUCGCCUGCAGGCUGGACUUCCUCGUGCGUCACUGCGGCUGCUACCCCUUCUUGAUCACGAAGAAGGACGAACAGUGCUCGCUUGAACAGUACAAGUGCCUCAUAGACUUGAACGAGCGCCUGUUCUGGGUGCGCCUGCCCGAGGAGAUCGGCACCACGCCCGAGGAGCGCAACCACAGCCUGUGGCCGGACUGCCGGGCCUGCCUGUCCAUGUGCUCGCUGUCCAUCUACGAGGCCGAGUACCUCACGGACCGGUCGCCCAACCUCUUCACCGCCGCCUCGGCCGGCUUCGUCAACGUGUUCUACCGCGACCUGCACAGCGCCAUCAAGUACUCGGAGCGCCGCGACAAGGAGCCGUUCAAGGCCAUCAUGACGUACACCGCCAGCAUGAACUUGCUGCUGGGCGUGAGCCUCAUGAGCGUGGUGCAGCUCGUCAUGUACACGGUGGAGGUGGCGCUGGCGCUGUCCCGGCCGCUGUGGACGCGCCUCGCUGAUUUCCAAUUUGAACCCAAAGGAACCAUUGAACAGCAAUUUAUCACAUAG